AUACUCCCUCUCGAUCACUCACCCAGUAGAUGCCCAUUACCCAUUACUUUAUUACCUACUGUUAGGUGUUGUCUUAUUCACUGGUCCCUCAAACCCAACACGACAAGACACGACAGGACACGCAAUCCCCGCCGCCUCGCACUCCCGGCUGAAUACCACCACACAUCCAUGAGAGUAAUGCACUCGGCAGCUACAUGAGACGUGCCCGUCUCUGAACAGCAUGGACUCCUCCCCGCUCUUCGCACCUGGUACACUCAGCUCGCGCUCACCCUCUCCUUUCGAAGACGACCUUAUUGCGAACGACUCUACCAUACAAGAUGACACCCGUCCCCUUUCGGCCGCAGCAGAAUCCGAAGGCGAGGUUGACAACAAGGUGGAGGAUUCAAUGACGGAGCCACCGUCCAAGUCAAUGAAAGGGAAAGAGAAGAUUCGGAAAGGCCCUCUACGUUUACUCGAUCUCCCAGUAGAUGUGCUGAAGGAAAUCAUACAUCAGCUUCCCCAUACGAAUGACUUGACAUCUUUGGCCCUCUGUCACUCUGCACUUCAUCGUUUAACUAUCCCAUGCAUAUACUCUCGGUUUGACAUUGUCUGGCCUGAUGAGAGUACUCACGCUGAGCCAAGAUCUGGUGUCGAUGCGCUUACUUAUGGUCUGGCGACUCUGGUCAUGGGCGAAGACAGCUUCCCUCAUCAGGCUCAUCCUCGGAAACAAGAUGCCGCAGUUGAAGAACCAGAAUCUACACCUCAUCCUAUAACAAGGCGCCGAUUCGGGAACUACUAUGCACAAUUCACCAAGAAAUUCUCUCUAGGCGACGGCCCUGCCGCAUGGGUUCAGGAGUACAUGAUAACGAAGGAGGGCGGAAAGAUGCUAGGCACACUCGUUGCUCUUGGAAUCGCUCGUAUGAUCAACCUCGAAACAUUUGUCUGGGACAUGCCCACCGGUGUUUUGCGGGAUGUUUGGAUGGCAUUAUCCAGCCUUGCGCAUCGAACUGAUGGCGAGGAAUGCCGCCUUGAACGUCUCUGGAUACGGUGGCAUAAUAACACAAUAGACACGCCGGCUCCUUUGCCUGCCCCGCCGAUGAACUUAAUCAACGUACCCCCACCACCAAACACUGCACACCCGAGCGGGGUCGGCAUUGUGCAGGCUCCUAUAGCCACGCCUGUUCCGUAUUCCCAGCCGAUAGCUUCCGCCAUAGAACGAGUCGAGCAUCCUAAUUUCUCCGUAAUCCCUGCCUUGAAGAGUUUGAGCGUAUUGGACAUUGAUGAACUUCCGUAUCUAGAUGAGAUGGCCAUUCUGAUUGCAAGGUCGCAAAAGAAAUUGCGAGAAUUAAGAGUUGGAAUUGCUUCUCAUGCGCAGCAGCGCGACUGGGUAACAGUCUGGGAAGGCGAUGGUGUCCAGCAGGUGGACUACAGCACGACAUCCACAGCAAGCAGUACCAUUGGUGAAAAGCGGCUUGGGGGCGUGCUAGGCGUUCUGGUGGGAAGAGUCCACAACUUGCGCCAGAGCAACAGCGCACAGUCUCGUCCAUCGGUCACGACGGCACAACUUGCAAAUCAACUGGCCGGUGUGAAGAUCGAGGCCUCGGACGCGAACCAAUCUUCAAUGCAACACAAUGAACGAGAAACGGACCAUCCCGAACACGCAGAGCAUUCAGAACAGAUCGAACACGGAGCGAGUGGAGGAGGUGAUGGUGUUCUAGAUGCACCAGAGGUUGAACAGCCAGCUACUAAUACAAAAGGAGCGCAUGCUAGCCAGGGCUUUGAACCCUUGCAUCCAAGUCACACGGAUUCAAAAACUGAAGGGGAUGUCUUUAGAAUGAACGAAAAGGCACUCGAGCCAACAGAGCCAGCUUUAACAGGACAAUUGAAGGUGGAAGUGCUAGAGUUGGAACGCGUGCCACUGUCAGUAACAGUCUUGCUCAAGGCGUUUGACUGGACCGUCCUGACGAAUCUGACACUACUACACUGCACCAAUCACGAACAUCUAUGGAAGUCACUACGGCGUUCUUACACUCCUCGCUCCUCAUAUCCAAACGGUUCUCCAUCCUCUUCAAAGGCCUACAAGGCAUCUUAUACUCUUCGGUCAGAGUACUGUUUGGGUCUGAAGAAGAUCCAUACCAACACGGUUUCUCCAUCUCUGAUAUCGUUUCUGAAGGAAACCCUUGCCCCAAACACACUCGAGGUUCUCUUCCUCCAGGAAGGAAGGACGUACUCCUCGACGGUAUCGGUAGAUGCAAUCUAUCGCGGCCCCCUUCGCAGACAUCGGACAAGCCUCAAGAAAUUGAUGAUCGACAGCAGUGAGAGGGGCCAAGAUGGUCAUACCACAACGAGUUCAAGAUGGCGUAGGUGGAUGUUGACUCGCGAGAUUAUUACAUUCAUCACAAGUGGUCGAAUGAUUAGUUUACGGGAACUUGCCGUUUCAAUCGAUUACAAAGAUUGGCACCAUUUCCUACAGCGACUUCCGCUCAUACCACAUAUCCGGUCUUUGUACAUUCCGUAUAUUGCAGAUCAUGCUCAUGGGAACAACAUCGACCCGCGAGAGCUAGCAAUGCAGAUUCUGGACAUUGUACACUUACGACCUGAAAUUGAGAUAUGCUAUAUGGGUAUAUCCCAGAAAUGCUUUGAAAUUCUCGAAAAUCGGCCCUCUAAUUAUGACCUCCGACCGGAUGGCCUCAAUGGUGGCGAUGGUGGGACACACGGAAUGGGCGGUGGUUACGCCACCCACGAUCCUCUCAUGUCCGACGAGGAGUCCGAAGCGACAGAGGAAGAAGACGAUGACGACUUUGAUGGAGGUGUGGACCCUGUGGGCGAUAUGGACGAAACAGAAUCGGAGGCUUCCGAUGAUCGCCAUGAUGACUCGGAUGAAGACUCCUUUGUUCAAGAUGACAGAAAAGGCACGAAGCUCCGAAUACGAGAAAUUUUAUAUUAUGAAGAAAGAAUAUCGGUUUACAAGGCGCGACAUGGCGUACUCAAGCCGUAAGGCAACGAUCAUCAGCCUCGACCUCCAAGGUUCAUGGCGGCAUGAUCAAGUUGCGACGGGCGAUACAACGAACACUCUGGCAGUUUUUCUUGAGCGAAUUAUUCAUUACACUUUCCUAUCUUUGGGAGCAUGGUUUUCGGGGAACAUAGGAAGGCGAAAGGCGCGGGUCUGGAAGAUAUCACUGUAUGUUGAGGGGAGUUUAACUCGGUUUGCAGGAUUUCGGAUGGCCAUCAGAGGGCCCUAUCAGUAUAGUUUUAUUCAAAUGAACCACAGACAUUGAUGCAUUAAUUGAUAGAUGAGAACAUCGGUAAUAUGAUAUAUCGCAAC